AUGAAGAAAUGUCUCCGUUGCAGUAGUUCAGAGUAUCAGAUCGCAGCCUGUCCUGUUAAACCCCGUAAAGGAAAUAAAAGUUCGCAACUAGAGAAGCCAAACCCUAAGCAACCUACUGCCAGUGGGAGUAGACCGAGAGUCUCUGUUAGGGUUUAUGUCUUGGACCAUCAGCAAGCUCUCGAGUCAUUUGAAGUAGUGGAAGGUACGAUCCCUGUAUUCCACCGCUUAGCUAAACUUUUAAUUGACCCUGGAGCAACCCAUUCUUUUGUAAAUCCUGCCUUCAUGUGCGGUAUUGAUAUAAAUUCCAUUAAAUUACCCUAUGACUUGGAAGUUAGAACACCUACUGGGAAUCAAAACCUAAUUACCAACAUGAUUUAUCAAAAUUGUGAGGUUUGGAUAGGAGAACGGAAGUUGGUGGUAGAUUUGAUAAGUUUAGAUCUCAAGGGGUAUGACGUGAUUAUAGGAAUGGAUUGGUUGGCUAGUUAUAAUAUUCAGUUGAAUUGCAAGACUAAGGUGGUGGAGUUCUGUAUAGUAGGAGACGCGACCCUAAAAUUGGAUGUGAAAGGUAGACUAGUCUCGUCUGCACUUUUUUCGAAAAUUCGAGUAAAAAAAUUAUUGAAUAAAGGAGCGCAGGGUUAUUUAGUUUUUCUAAUUAAUACUCCUGGAGAUAAGGUGAAACUGGAAGAUGUGUUAGUGGUAAAUGAAUUUUUUGAUAUUUUUCCUUUCGAGUUGAAGUCGAUGCCGCUAGAGAGGGAAAUAGAAUUUAGAAUUAAUUUGGUGCCUGGAACCACUCCUAUUGCGAAAACACCAUACCGAAUGGCACAUGCCAUGUUUAAGGAACUAAAACUGCAGUUACAGGAUUUGUUAAAGCGCGGGUUUAUUCGAAAAAGUGAAUCAUCUUGGGAGCACCUGUUUUAUCUGUCAAAAAGAAGGAUGGUAGUUUGA